CACUUGGUAGAGCAGCAACAGCAGUCUUAAGGACCGAGUGUGAUUAAUUGAAGAUACAAAAAGAAAAAAAAUCGUCAUGAAAGCUAUUUACGUAGUCAGCUUACUGACCAUCGGCUAUUUCAUCAACUCGGCCAGCGCCGGCAUUAUCGGUCAUGGCGGUCCUAUUGCCAUCGAAUUGGAGGAGCACAGUCCGCCGCAAUAUGAAUUCCAUUAUUCUGUGCAUGACAGCCACACUGGUGAUGUGAAGGAUCAGUUCGAGCAUCGUCACGGCGACUAUGUUACGGGACGUUAUUCACUCAUCGAACCCGAUGGCCAACGUCGUGUUGUCGAAUACAAUGCAGAUCCUUUGUUAGGUUUCACCGCUCAAGUUCAUCGCGAAUCGCCAGUUAUUCGUCAGCUGCCCAUACACCAUUGAAAAUUCUCUACUUAAAAGCGCAGCUGUGAGGCAUACAUACAUACAUAUAUAUGGAUAUGUGUUAUUAAAUUAUAUAAUAAUUUAUAUGCGUAGAAAUUCUCGUCAAGAGCCCUAAAACAUUUUAUACACAUUCACAACUGCAAACAUUACUCUAAAUAAACAUAAUCAUUUAUAAUUAUGUAAA